UUUUUAAAUUAGAUUUGUUGAAAAUCAUGGAAUGUCUUAUUAUAUAAGAUAAAGGAAAAUUGGAUAUGUGGAAUGUCGGAGGUUUGCAGCCAGACGAGAUGAAUCAGAUUCGAUGGAGCAUAAAAUCAGCAUCACCAGCCGCAUCAGCGAUUGCGGCAGGCAAGAGGCAAAAGACCGAUGGAUGGACCAGCCGUCACGAAGCGGGCCGACGUUCCUGUACCAAACGAGAUUAAUAGAGAUCCGCCUGUCAGCCGGACGCCUCUCCGUCUGAGCGAGAUCCAGCGGCUUCCAGACGGCCAGUCUUCUCGCAGAUCGCAACCUGCGUGGGCAACAACCGAUCGUGAUCGAUCGCACGCGAUCGGUGACGAAAAUGAAGGCAACGAGAGUAGAACACACAGGGAAGAGGUUCGACAACACGUAUGCUGUGCAAGACAUGAGAGAAUGAUCGAUGUUGGAUACGGAAUAUCGGGUGAAAUUAUCCAAAUUGAUGCAGGCCAUUGCCGUAAAUUGUGUCCGCGACACGUGUUGGACGAUCCAGGAGACGCGAGUCGGCCCACCGUCCAGAGAUGCUUCCCGGAAUCACAUUGCCGUCCAAAGGCAUCGAAGCUAGAGAGGGUGUCGACGAUUCAAGGGGUACGCGUGAUCGAAGUGACGGAAGCCUGCGAGUGCACGUCGGAUUCCUCUUGUAGGCGGGAAUCUUUCACGCAUCUCGUGCAUUCUGGCACUCCUCAUCAAGCCGUGAUGGAUGUCGGUGUGUGCAUGGGCCACUGUGCUAAAGAUCUUGGAUGCAAACCGGUGAGGAACAGUACGGUUAGCAUAAAAGGACCGAAUGGAGACGAAGUGUAUCAGGUGAUCGAGAAAUGUGGUUGCGCUGGGACAUGCCACAAAAUGGACCACAUGGAGACCGUUCUAGAUUUCAGCGAAGUCGAAAUAAAGGACGGUACGAAUACAACAGAUGUGAGGCCGGUCGUUCGGCAAAUUAACGUGGGCCAAUGCGUUGGGACGUGUCCAGGAAACGAGACGGAAAUGUGUCUUUUGAGAGACAAAAGAGAGCCAUCGAGAUGCUUGGCGGGCCUGUACUCGAAGCAGCACACUUGCACACCCGCCAGAUUCAAAGUUCACGAGUACAGGUAUUUGGAUGACUCGUCGUGGAUCGAAGAGGGAAAUUAUUCAAAUUACCCAGUGUGCCUGUGUCUAAAUAACGUGAAGAAGAUGGAGAAUUUUGGUCUUGUUCGAUCCAACGGACCAAUCGAACAGAUUUAUAGAUACAUUCAAGCUAUUUUAUUGCGCCGCGUAAACAACAAAGUACCAUUUCGAUGUUCCUACAUGCACCGUGUAUUGCUCGCAGCCAAGACCUCCCAUAUGCUACUUAGCGUUCCGUUCGGUUCGGCAAACCUCCUUGUCCUGUCCGCAGAGAGGGACCUCUCCGCUCCUUCCUCCGCCGAGAAGCGUUUUUCGUCGCGGGUUUCGCGCGUAGAUUCGGUCCAUGUUCCACGCUCCGUCAUCGAGCGGAUCCAAAGAGACGAUCGUCGCGAGCACGUUAUUUCGAGCCACCUUUCUCGCCAUUCUUAUCCACUCACGCGAAUCGUGUGUGAGCGAGAAAUGACGAUGAGAGACGUCCGCUUUCUACUUUUCGCAACGCUCUUCUUUUCGUCCUCCUUCGAGGCGCACUCACACCCGAGCCGUUUCACCGAGGAUGAUAACGAGGGAGAACUCGUGAACUCGUGGCCGUUGGGCGAAGCUUUGAACGAGCACGACGCUCGUCGGAACGAGAUUUUGGAGAAACUGCAACAGGUUCUUGGUAUUCGAAGUUACCUCGGUGAGAAAACGGGACGUCGUAAGGUGCCGCCGCAAUUUAUGGUGGAAUUGUAUAACAACGUAGCGGAUCCUAGCGGUGUUACGCGUGGCAAAAAUCCGUACAACGCCAAAGUCGUCCGCAGCUUCAUCGAAAGAGACACCACCACAUCGCGGUUUUACUUCUUCAACAUCACAGGUUUGGAAGUGAACGAAUCUGUUUUGGAAGCGGAGCUUCAUCUGUAUCGAAAAAGAACACCUUUGAAAGCUUUGCAUCCUUCCAUUUUAGCUUCUCCGUAUUACUUGAUAAGAGUGUAUCAAGUUUUGGACGAGAAAAGUUUGGACGUUCCCGAUCUUCACAGGCUGCUAAAUGUUAGAUACGUUGGAGCGCACGCGUCUGGUUGGCAGAUAUUCAAUGUGAAGCAAGCUGUUCUCGCUUGGCUAAACGGGGAGCCAAACCUUGGACUUUUAGUAACCGCUUCCACUUUAUUCGAGGAUCAAGUGAACGUGGAAUUUUCCCGACGGAAUGAGUAUCAUCAUAGCAAGCAACCGAUUUUGGUACUUUUCGACGACGACGGGAAGGAUCGUCGAGGUAACAACAACAACGAGAUCGAACAAGUAUUUCAUGACGACGGGGACGAAGGGAAGGAUGAUUCGAGGAACGAGUACAGCGAUGUGGUAGAGGAGCGUGGAAAAGGGCAAUUGGAAGAGACUCGAUGGGAAAAUAAAAAUAAAUCCGAAUCGUUUCAAAGGCGGAGGAGAACUCAGAUGAGGGAAUACGACGGAGUGACUGAAGAUGAGCAACAUCUCGUGGAAGAAUCUUUCGGACGGCGUCGAAGGGAAACUAAGAUUCUUUCGAAAAAAUUGCACGGGAAGGGAAUUUCCUCGCCCGACACGAUAUUUAGAGGCGGUUUAACGUCGAUGGAUAUAUAUGAACGAGCGAUGCGUCGCGAGAGAAUGGCAGAAAGAGUUCGUGAAAGAUCGAUGUCUCGAUCGAAGAUUCGCGAGAAACGAUCGGCGAAAAGCCACGCGUCCGUUCGGCAAAACGUCACCGAAUGCUCGAGGCACGAGCUCUACGUGGAUUUCAAAGAGAUUGGUCUUUCCUCCUCUAUCAUUGCCCCGCUUGGUUACUCAGCUUUUCAUUGCAAAGGUAUCUGCGAAUCGCCGUUGAGUCAAGAUCAACAACCGACCAAUCACGCGACUAUCCAAGGAAUUGUUCAUAAAAUGGGACUGGUGAAAGGGGUUGAGAGACCCUGUUGCGUACCUACUAAGCUGUUGGGCACGACCAUUUUGUUCUAUGACGAUAACGAGAACGUUAUCUUGAAAGUUUAUCAAGACAUGAUCGCUGACCGUUGUGGAUGCCGUUAAGAAUUUCGUCGUCGUUUUUAGAAUCUGCGCGAUGAAACGUUCGUUCUCCUUGUGAAAGAAGUAGCGAGUGAAUUAUAUCUCGAUGAUAUUGAGAAAAAAAGAAAAAAGAAAAAAAAAAAAAAGAAAAGAAACGAAGAAUACAUACGGAUAUGAUAUGCGAGGAAAGGGAAAGAAAGAAUUGAAACGCAUGUGUGUGUGUGAGAGAGAGAAAGAGAUAGAUAGAGUGCAAGAGUGACAGAAUACAUCAGGUAAAAAUGAUUUUUACUACACGUUAGCCCGUGAGUCAUUCCUAAAGGUUCAUCUGAAGA